AUGGCGCCGAAAGCGAAUACCGCGGGCGAUGCGGAGCCGCCCAAGAUUAGUGCGGGCGGCACGUAUACGCUAGAGCAAAUCACGGUAGGUGCAAGGGUGUACGUGGAAAAGACGAACCCCGACAAUGGCGAUGUCGAGCAGCGGCAGGCCGAGGUGCUGUCGAUACGCGAAAAGCGGCAAAACAGGCUGCAUCUCCUGCAGAAAAUGCAAGAAAAAGGGGAGGAGCUAGAGGAGGAUGCACCAGAGAUUGAUUUUUAUGUACAUUACUGCGAAUUUAACAAGCGCCUGGACGAGUGGGUGUCUUCAGCACGUAUUCUUCUCUCGCGUGACAUGCAAUGGCCCAAGCCGCCAGAACCGUCUGCGGCGACAAAGCAGACGAAGCGCAAAGUCGUGCAGGGCGUGCGGUCUAUUCCGGGGGUGCAGAACAGUGCCGCAGCGGAUGGCGAGAUGCAGGACGAGAAGGUGGAAGAGUCGUUCAGCAAAGAGAAGGAAGUGGAGAAGCUGCGCACUUCGGGCUCCAUGACGCAAUGCUCGAACGAAGUGUCGCGCGUGAAAAACUUGAAUAUGAUCCAGAUGGGGAAGCACCAGGUGGAGUCGUGGUAUUUUAGCCCGUACCCAGUCGAGUAUGCGCACUCAGAGUGUUUGUACCUGUGCGAGAUGUGCCUCUCCUACUUUCCCUCCGAGUACUUGCUGAGCAGGCACCGGCGCAAAUGUGCGAUGCUGUACCCUCCAGGCAACGAGAUCUAUCGCAGCGAGGAUAUCAGCUUCUUUGAGAUCGAUGGGCGGCGGCAAAAGACGUGGUGCCGCAAUCUGUGCCUCUUGAGCAAAUGCUUUUUGGACCACAAGACACUCUACUACGAUGUGGAUCCAUUUAUGUACUAUGUCAUGUGCCAACGAGACAAUGCGGGGUGCCACAUGAUCGGGUACUUUUCCAAGGAGAAAGAAAGCGCCGAGGGGUAUAAUGUCGCUUGCAUUUUGACCUUGCCACAGCACCAACGCAGCGGGUUUGGACGCUUGCUGAUCGAGUUUUCCUACGAACUUUCAAAGCGCGAGGGCAAGCUGGGAAGUCCAGAGAAGCCGCUUUCGGAUCUGGGACUGCUGGGCUACCGCGCAUACUGGACAGAGACAAUUGUGGAUCUGCUGCUUAAGACGGAGGACGAGAUCAGCAUUGACGAUAUCGCAAGCAAGACGUCUAUUUUGCACGCAGAUGUUCUGCAGACGCUGCAAGCACUGAAUAUGCUGAAGCAGUACCAGGGGAAACACUACCUCGUACUUUCGGACGCGGUGAUGGAGAAGCACGAACGCCAGACGAAAAAGAAACGUCGGCGAAUCCAGCCGGAGCAGCUAAAUUGGAAACCGCCCGUGUUUACGCGCGAUCAGCUCCGGUUUGGCUGGUAG